CAGCCAAACGGCACAAGAGCCGGGAGCAGGGUUUUUGGCUGGGAGACCCCAACCGCACCAGGACCAGAGUGGAAGGUCAGCCUAACGCCACCGCCGCCGUGCUCGCGCCGCACGCAACUCUCAACUCUCUGACGCCUCCGCCGCCGCCGCCUCCUCCUCCUCCUCCGUCGACUCCGCCGAGAAAGACGCAAACCAAGGAGGGAGGAGGGAGCGCGAAGAUGGGCGCGGGGGACGGCGAGGUCGCUGCGAGCAAAGAGAAGGGCAGCGGCGCCGGAGGGGGCGGCGUCGAGCGGACGUCGCUGGACGGGGUGCGGGAUAAGAACGUGAUGCAGCUCAAGAAGCUUAAUACGGCGCUCUUCCCUGUCCGCUACAACGAAAAAUACUACCAGGACGCCAUCGCCUCCAAGGAUUUCUCCAAACUAGCUUACUACAGCGAUAUUUGUGUUGGCGCGAUAGCUUGUCGCCUGGAGAAGAAGGAAGGAGGAGCAAUCCGAGUUUACAUUAUGACCUUGGGUGUACUGGCACCAUAUCGGGGUCUUGGUAUUGGGACAAAGCUGCUGAAUCAUGUGUUCGAUCUCUCAGCAAAGCAAAGCAUCUCUGAGAUAUACUUGCAUGUUCAGACCAACAACGACGAUGCAAUCGCUUUCUACAAGAAGUUUGGGUUCGAAAUAACACAGACAAUACAUAACUACUAUAUGAACAUAACACCACCGGAUUGCUACGUUCUUACGAAAUUUAUUGGCCAGGCUGCUACAAAGAAGUGAGCAGUUGCCCACCCACCUUUGGAGAGACCACUGCCACCUGAGUUAUGGUGGAGAUAGUUGGGAUCUGGUCACAGUUUGUGCUGUGCUGUCAUUUUUGUGAUCUCGAACGUGGUAGACAUCUGAGUAGCUUUUGCUACAGCACUGAGGCAUCAUUUACAUUAAGACUCAUCUUGCUUCAGGGCAUGGAUUCGUGCCUGAACAAUUUCUUGAUUUGCUGCUUUUGUGGGAGAGCUAUAUGAUCUUAUAGGUCUCUGUAUGCCCAUUCAGGCUUGUAUUUUGAUGAAUCACGAUGUCAGGAUGUUCUGCACGCUAAUUUUGGUUGGGCUGUGACGAUUAAGUUGUU